AUGGCCACGGUCAAGACAGUAGAAGAUGUGCAGAAUGAGGUGUGCGACUCGGACAGCCUGGGGACGUCGGACCAGCGGUCCUGGGUUCGGCUGCUGGUGCGCGCCAUGGACGCGGGCGACGCGGCCCAGCUGCGCCGCCUGCUCGCCACGGAGUGCGCCGCGGGGCCCGACGCCGUGCUCUCCCCAGACGGCGACACGGCGCUCAUGCACGCCUGCCGGCUCGACCCGGAUGCCGUCGACGCAGGGGAGGUGGUGAGCACGCUGCUGGAGGCGGGGGCGGAGCCCAACCGGCGCGACUGCAGCGAGAGGUCGGCGCUGCACCACGCCGCCUACACCUCCAACGACGUGGCGUUGGCGCUGCUGCUCGAGCACAAGGCCACCGACAUCAACGCCGUCGACGACGAGGGUAGCACGGCGCUGCACUUCACGGCGGCGCCCUCGUGGACGAUCCGGAACCGCGAGCGCCACCUGCGCUGCAUCCGCCUGCUGGUGCGCGAGCCGCGCUUCGAGGUGAACCGACCCGACGGCCUGGGCCAGACGGCCAUCGCCACCGCCGUCCAGCUGCACUACGACGACCGCAUCAAGGUGAUGCUGGAGGAGGGCGCGGGCCGCGUCAACGUGGACUACUCGCGCGCCGUCAACGGGCGGCUGGUGCGCGACGCCAUCGCGGCGCGCUUCCCACAGCUGCGGCGGCUGCUGCCGGCGCCGCACGAGGAGGACCCGGCCUGCGGCGACCCGCAGCGCCGCCUGCUCGCCGCCAUGCAGCAGCGGGACGUCGACACCUUCUUCCAGCUGCUGCAGCUGCAGGACUCCGACAAGGGCUGCCGGUCGGUGGACCCAAACCACGUGUACGGUGACCCCUACUACAGCACGUGUCUGGAGAUGGCUUGCCGGCGGCGCGGGGACGAGGAGUUCGUCAGGGCGCUGCUGCAAGGCGGUGCGGACCCGGACACGCGGAACGAGUUCUCCGGCGUGCCGGUGGUGCAGCAGGCGGUGGAGAACGGCUGCGUGGCCGCGCUGGAGGUGCUGCUGGGAGAGGGCGGCGCGCAGCCCGGGGCCCGCGACCCCGCCAGCCACACGGCGCUGCACGUGGCGGCCCAGCGGCAGUGCUCCACCAGGGCCGACACCAGAGACGUUGUCAGGUGCGUGUCGCUGCUGCUGGACUGCGACGGCACGCUGGGCCCGGGCCCCGGCGCCGCCGUCGACGUGGACGCGCAGGACCAGUUCGGCGACACGGCGCUGCACGACGCGGCCCCGCUGCUGCGCAACCAGGAGGGCGAGCCGCCGCUAGCCUUCAUCGACGCCGGCACGCUGCGCGCCUUCCUCGACGAACAGCUGCAGAGCAACGGGCUCUCCCCGCAGGGCGACGACUACCAGCUGAUCUUCAAGUACGACUUCCUGCGCGGCCGGCCGUCGCUGCCCGGCAAGACGCCCCGCGAGAUGGAGCCGCUGGUGUACAUGAGCCGCUCGGAGAGCCUGCGCGCGCUGCUCACGCACCCGGUGCUCACCGCCUUCCUGCUCCUCAAGUGGCACACGGUGCGCGCCUUCUACUACGUCAACCUGGCCGCCUACACCGCCUUCGCGCUGCUCAUGACCGCCUACAUCGUGCUGCUCACCGGCGGCGCCGUCGACGACAGGGUGAUGCGCUGCAUCUUCAACAAGUCCUGCCUGUCCGCCGUGCUGUCCCACAUCGCGCCCGUCGGGGUUCUGGCCGUCAAGUCUGCAGCCAACGUGACCGCCGCACCACCAGCAGUGGUGGUGGAGACGACCGCCAGCUCACCGCCGAACGACACCGAAGUGGAGCUGGUGCGGAACGUCUACCUGGCUCUCGUCAUCAUAAGCGUGCUGAUCGGUCCGCUGAUGGCGGCGCUGGUGGCGCGGGAGCUGGUGCAGCUGGUGUCUUCGCCCCGGCGCUACGUGGCGCAGGCCGAGAACUACCUGGAGCUGGUGGUGCUGGUGUGCUCGGCCGCCACGCUCUGCAACGGCUCGCUCUCCAUCUACGCGGAGCGCCACCUCUGCGCCAUCACCGUGCUGCUCAUCUGGACUGAGCUCAUUGUCAUGACCGGCAAGCUGCCCUACCUCUCCAUGCAGCUGGAGAUGCUCAAGAAGGUGACGGGCACGUUCGCGCGCUUCAUGGCGUGGUACUCGCUGCUGAUCGCGGCGUUCGCGCUCAGCUUCUACACCAUGUUCCACGAGGACGGCGGCGACGGCGCGGGCGGCGACGGCGACGCCUUCUUCCGCGCGCCCGGCCUCACGCUGGUGCGCACCGUGGGCAUGCUGGCCGGAGAGUUCGAGAUGUCCAGCAUCCCGUUCCACCUGGCGCCCGGCACCAGCCACGUGGUGUUCGUGGUGUUCGUGCUGCUGGUGACCAUCGUGCUGCUGAACCUGCUGAACGGGUUGGCCGUGUCGGACACGAACGCGAUCCGCGAGGACGCUUCCGUGCUCAGCCUGGUCACCAUGGUGCAGCUCAUCGCCUUCUACGAGGAGACGCUGCACAAGCUGGGCUCACGCUGCCAUUUACCGGAGUUUGCUACCAAAUUCAUCCGUCGCCGUCACACAAUUUUUGAUCCGGACCUGCCACACAGACAGGUGCACGCGUUUCCAGCGAGUCGCGAGGUGAAGUUCCUGCUGGACGCCGAGACGACGGAGUGGUUCUCCAGCUACCGCGCCAGUCGCGACGUGCUGCACGCAGCUGCUGCGCUGGUCACGGAAGUGCACGAGGCCGGCGACGCGAACCAGCAGGUGGCGGACAAGGUGGCCGCCUGCGAGCGCUCCGUCCAGUCCGUGGUGCAGGCUCAGCGCGACAUGGCUCGCCUCCUCAGGCAGGCCGUGGCCACCAUGCAGGAAAUGCGGCGCAGGGGACUCCACGACGACAGUGACUAGGGGCCCCGUCUCGAUCAACUGCCGGCACUGACGUCUGAAGGCUCCGGUCUGUAGGUGUCUCAAUGUGGGCUCACCUACCAUGGCGGAGUGUUCCAGGACGACAUCGACUAUGGGCUUCAUCCAGGUCAACUACUGCCACUAUCAUCCGAAGACUCCAGUCUGCAGGUGAAACACUGUGACUUCACCCACAGUGUGGCAGGGUGUUCUAGUCGUCAGCAACUAUGGGCUCCAUCCAGGUCAACUACCGCUACUAGCGUCCAAAUGUUCCAGUCUGUAGGAGUCCCAGUGUGGGCUCACCUACUGUGGCAGGGAACUCUGGGACGACAGCGACUACUGACUCCAUCCAGGUCAACUACUGCUACUACCAUCCAAAGACUCCAGUCUUCAGGUGAAACACUGUGAGUUCACCCACUGUGUGGCAGGGUGUUCCAGGACGACAGAGACUAUGGGCUCCAUCCAGGUCAACUACUGCCACUAUCAUCCAAAGACUCCAGUCUGCAGGUGUUACACUGUGAGUUCACCUACUGUGGCAGGGUGUUCCAGGACGACAGUGACUACAGGCCCUGUCCAGCUCAACUACCUCUACUAGUGUCCAGUAUCACGUCGUGAGCUUAUCUACUGUGACUGAUGGUUCCACAGCGACAGUAACUGGGGGUCCUGCUAGCCCAAUGGCCUUUUCUAGAAUUUGUCCCAGUUUCGGUCUUGUCAACCAUCACUAGGAACUCCUGGCACAAUUACAGUGUCUGCAGCCUGCGGUCUGUAGGCCUCUCACAGAGUGGCUUGUUAUCUGUGACGUCACUGGAAGAGUCGCCAGUAGGUUUAUUAUAGUGUCACAAAUAAUCUUUCACUCUUCAUGGGAUUUACCCUCUUGUGAAACUUUAUUGCAUAUAGGAACUAUCUGCCAUACAGGAGUCCGCAACUUCACUUUUGCUUUUGUUGGAUAAAAUUCUUAUGGGGUGAAAUACCCAUACCUCUUUGGUUUUCAGAGGAUCUGCUGCUUCGACUUCUCUUAAUUCCGAGAGCUCCACUCGCCGAAACUUCCGCACUGCCAUAGGUGCUAUCCCAGACCUCGAUGAAGGCACUGCGGAUGCUUCUGAUCUCACGAAACGACCGAAUCCGUAGGUGAUCUAGAAAUAUCUCCCAGAUAUGAAUAUUAUUUGAAAAUUCUAAUUGAGAGGUUAUGGAUGAACCAUCUGAUAUCUAAUACAGGCACUAUAUUUCCCCAGUUGAGGCACUAAUAAUGUACUUACUGUUAAAUGUGGUAAACUAUUAUACACGCUUGUAGAAGCUCGUACUAAUGAAACUCGCGGGUGACUGUCACCUGCAGUGCCCCAGCUCCACGUUUUUUAUUCACUGUCCGAGUGGUCAAGGCGAGCUGUUUGGAAUCUCGGCCCACUACACAGCUGAUGUCUCUUCAGCCAGAUUCUAGGGCACCCGGACUGGUGUAGGGUGGUUCUCUAUUGCAAGGAUUUGGGACAGAAUUUCCAGUUCCAGCUUUUUCCUUUCAACCAGUGAAUACCUCCUAAAGAAUUUCUCUGGUUGGCCUUUUCCAAGACGCCUUUGCCUGUGGUAAUGCAACACCUCAUCCUCCUUGCACCAUUUGCGAACUGUAACCUACUUUUCUUUUGCUCACACGUGUAGCGCUCUUUUCUGAUGUCUCAGAGCAAACCAAGGACAGAUCCAAUCGUCCAUACAUACGUCACUUAUGGUAAAAAUACUUUGUAUUUAGUGACAGCCACGAUGUAAGUGGUACAGAUAAAACAAAUGAAAUAAAAACAAAGGAACAUAAAAACACCAGCUAUACUAUAUGGGUUCACUAAAACAAUGCCUGGUUAGUGAGACAAUUGAUUCACAGUUUUUGUGUUAGUGAAACUCCCAUUUCACGUAUCUUUACGGAAAAAAUUCAACGUCAUGAAGUAAUCUUAGUAAGGGAAACUAAUGCUACGUAUUAGACCCUCGUCCACCCCAAGACCGAGUCUCGCCUGAUGGCGUUGCUAACACGUGAUGUGGUAAGGAAAGUAAAUCUACAUCUCCAAGUCGUCUUUCUGUGCGAGCUAUGAGUUCUUUUACAUUAUUACAAUGUCCAUUUUUUCCUCUGUUGGCGGCAGUCAACAAAAUGUUUUAGCAUUCGGAGGAGAAAGCUGGUGGCUGAAAUUUAGUGAAAAGAUCUCGACGAAAGAGUAUUUGUUUGAAUAACUGCCACCCCAACUCGCGUAUCAUAUCAGUGACACUCUCUCCCCCUUUUCGUAAUACGAAAAGAAUAACUCUUCUUUGAACGUAUUCGAUGUCGACCGUCAAUCCAAUACGGUAGACAACAUACUACCCAGCAAUACUCUAGAAGAGGACGGACAAGCGUAGCGUAGGUGCUAACUUUUCGUUCGCCCUACCCAUAUUUUCUAUGAGAUGGUUCAAAUUUACGUUGUUCGUAUUUUUAAUCUCCAGGUAUUUAGUUGAAUCGACUAACUUUAACCUUUAUAAGGUGUUCAGGUCUAUUUUAACCCACAAGGAUCCUUCAUAGCCUAUCAUUUUGUAACUAUUUUGUUUUAAUAAAUUUCCUUCAUUGUCUUA